ACAAAUUCCGUUGCUCUCUCUCCCCUACACGAAAAGAAAUGGUUAGGAUGCACAAACUUUAUUCCAUGCGUCCAAUCUCUUCACCAACAAAAAUUAUAUUCAAUGACCACCUCUGCCAUUGAGAUCCCAUGUCCAAACCCGCAACAAAACUCACCGGAAGAAAGAGUAAUCAAUUGGGUUGUGUUUACAAACAAUCACAAGGAUGGGAUUCUUCGGCGGUCUCUUGUUUGGUGUUGCAUUUGGCAUUUGUUUCAUGCUGUCUGUCGCCCGUAAACAAAUUUUACGAUCAGCUCAACGUAUUACUUUGGCGGCAACCAUCGCAGCGUUUGCAAGGAUGACAGUUGCAGAUUCAAGAAAGCUUCUUCCAGGAGAGUAUUACCCUCCUUGGGUUGUAUUUGCAAAGAGACAGAAGUUAAAUUGGCUUAAUGAUAUGAUGAACAAGAUCUGGCCAUAUGUUGAUGAGGCAGCAUCAGAUCUAAUAAGAAGCUCCGUGGAGCCGAUACUCGAGCAAUACAAACCGAUGGUUUUGUCUUCUCUAAAGUUUUCAAAGUUAACCCUUGGUACUGUGGCUCCACAAUUUACAGGAAUAUCUGUCGAUGAAGGUGAUCCUGGGGAAAUUACCAUGGAAUUAGAGAUGCAAUGGGAUGGAAACCCGAAUGUUGUUUUGGAUAUUGUCACCAAAGUUGGUGUGGCUUUACCUAUACAGGUAAAAAAUAUCGCGUUCACCGGUCUUUUCAGACUCAUUUUCAAACCAUUAGUUGACGAGUUUCCUUGUUUUGGAGCAGUUCUAUUUUCCUUGAGAGAAAAGAAACAACUGGAUUUCACACUAAAAGUUAUCGGUGGAGAUUUAUCAGCACUUCCUGGGGUAUCCGAAGCCAUAGAGGAAACAAUCAAGGAUGCUGUUGAGGAUUCAGUCACAUGGCCAAUGCGAAUCGUCAUACCCAUAUUAGCAGGGGACUAUAGUGACUUGGAGUUGAAGCCUGCCGGAAUACUAGAGGUAAAGCUCAUAGAAGCAAAAGAAUUGACAAAUAAAGACAUUAUAGGAAAAUCUGAUCCAUACGCCAUGUUGUUCGUACGCCCUCUACGUGCCAGGAUGAAAAACAGCAAGACGAUUAACAACCAACUAAAUCCUAUUUGGAACGAGCAUUUCGAGUUCACUGUUGAAGAUCCGAGUACCCAAUACUUCACAAUAAGAGUGUUUGAUGAUGAAGGAGUCCAAGCUUCUGAAUUGAUCGGUUGUGGUCAUGUUGCCAUAAAGGAUCUUGAACCUGGAAAGGUUAAAGAUAUAUGGAUCAAACUCGUCAAAGAUUUGGAAAUUCAAAGAGAUACGAAGAACCGAGGCCAGGUGCAUUUGGAGCUCUUGUAUUGUCCUUUUGGCACAGAGACUGGACUACAGAAUCCGAUUAACCCGGACUUUAGAUUAACGGAUUUAGAGAAGGCUCUUAAAUCCGGAAUUAGUGAAACAGAUGUGGAUCCUGCAAAACUUGCUGCACAGAAGAAAAAAGAAGUCAUAAGGAGAGGAGUUCUUUCUGUAACUGUAAUGUCUGCUCAAGAUUUGCCAGCUGUUGAUCUUAUGGGAAAAAGUGAUCCUUAUGUUGUACUUUUGAUGAAGAAAACCGAACAAAAACUGAAGACCAGAGUUAUAAAUAACACCUUAAAUCCCGUAUGGAAUCAAACAUUUGAUUUUGUUGUCGAAGAUGGAUUACGUGAUUUGUUAAUGUGUGAGGUGUGGGAUCAUGAUACUUUCGGAAAGGACAAGAUGGGUAAAUGCAUCAUGACGCUUUCGAGGGUCAUAUUAGAAGGCGAAUUCACAGAGACAUUCGCUUUGGAUGGGUGCAAAUCAGGAAAGCUGACUUUGCAUCUCAAAUGGACCCCGCAAACAAUAGUCCGCGAUGCGUGAUAACUCAAAUUCAAAUGUGCACUCGUUUGCAUCAUUGUCCACAGAUUUCAACUUCCUGCAAUGAAAUCACAUGCAAUGCAAGGACCUCACCUUGAUUGAAUUGGUUCUUUCUUUAUUGUUGUUCUCUUUUCUUUUGACGGAAUUCGUUGAGGUAACUGUAAAUGACAUAUAGAAGAGAUUGUAUGGCCCUUGAUAUUGUAAACAAGGCAUAACUGUAAAUGACAAUUUUCUGUUUGGCAAGAAAAGGCACAAGUGACCAUACUAGAAUGGGGGUCCAUGUGACCCGAGUUUAGUGGUGAAUUCAGAAAUAUGACACCGUUUGUGUGACCCGAGGUUAGUGGUGGAUCCAGAAAUGUGAAAUGCGUAUUCACUGUUAAUGUGACCCCGGUUUAGUGGUGGAUCCAAAAAUGUGAAAAUGUGAAAUGAGGAUGCACUACUAUCUUAUAGAUGGCUGUUAAUGUAAUAACACUAGAUAUUUGUUAAUGUGACGAUUAUUUGAUAAGACAGUAACUAAAAAGUGAA